AUGUCUUCAUCACAAUCAUCAUCAUCACCUAUAUCUUCAGCAACAUCACCAAAUUAUGAAUAUGAUUUAUAUAAAAAAUUUAAACUUAAACGACAUCGUACGAAUCGAUCAGAACAUGGCAAUGAUGAUCAAAUUGAUUUAACGAAUUCUGAUGAAUGGACAUCAUCAUCUACAACACCUGAACUUGAUAUUGAUCGAAAUUUUGAAAAUUAUUAUAAUCAAGAAGCAUCACGAUCGAUUAAAGGAGAUUUUUCUCAAAAUUUAUUUACACCAGAUAUUGAUGAACUUCAACGAAAAGAAAAUGAGAUGGUUCAAUCACUUAACAAAUAUACGAAUCAAAAUGAAGAAGAAAGUUCUGUAUUAGCUGGAAAUCAUCCAAGAUCUUUACGAGAGCAAGCACGAACACAUAUGAAAUGUGGCGUUUGUCAUGAUCGAGCAACAGGAGUUCAUUAUGGUUUAGCAACAUGUGAAGGUUGUAAAGGAUUUUUUAAACGAACAGUACAAAAUAAAAAAAAAUAUCGUUGUGUUGGAAAUGGUUCAUGUAUAAUUGAUAAAUCACAACGUAAUCGUUGUCAAUACUGUCGUUUUACAAAAUGUCUAACAAAUGGAAUGGUUAUUGGAGCUGUUCGUUUUGAUCGAACACCUGGUGGACGAACGCCGGCUAAUGUUGCUCAAUUAUAUAGAUAUAAUAAAGAGAAAAGUGGUAAUGCAAUACAAACAGAAAUAAACCGUCCACCUUUACAGACGAAAAAUUUUGAACAAAUUGUUUUUUCUGAUGCUGAACUUCGAGCAAAUAUACAAAAUAAAUUAAAUCAGUCAUUAUGUAUAAAAUCAAAUACAAAUGUUUCACUUCAUUUUGAUCCAUUAUCAACAUUGGAUACAUUAUUUGAUCAUUUAAAACCAUUAGUUCACAGUCGAGUACCAUUAACAGAUCAUUCAAUAAAAAAUACCUCACAGUUAUUAAUUGAUUCAUUUAUAACUUGGUAUCGUUCAUUAUCAUUUUAUUCAUCGUUAGAUAAAAAUUUAAAUCAAUAUAUAUUAAAUAAUCGUUGGGCAAAAUAUAUUCUAUUAAUUGUUUGUCAUUUUCUAACAACUAAAUACAAUCAUGUUAGUUUAAUAUCAUAUAAUAUAUGUUUUCAACGUUUAAUGGAAUAUCAACAAGCGAAUUUUCUUCCAUUAUCACCAUCGUCAUCAUCAUCAUCAGGUGGAACUAUUGAAUGGUUUUUAAAUUUUUUAGUACAAUUAAUUAAUUUACGUUUAACAGAUAUAGAAUUUACGUUAUUAUCAAUUUUAGUUGUUAUUCAAUAUGAUCAAACAAAUAAAGAUAUUAAUCAAAAUGAUUUAAUAACACUUGAACAAGUUUAUUUCAAAAGUUUACAUCAAUGUGAAAAUGAAACAUAUUCAUAUGAUCAACAACAUCGUUUUAAUCGAAUAUUAGAUAUUCGUGAACAGUUAAAUCAUCUAACACAAUUACUUUUACAAACAAAUCAGUUUUAUUUACCAUAUCUACUUAUUCCUAGUUAA